CUGGCGGCCGGCGGCUGGCGACUGGCGGACGGCGACUGGCGGCGGGCGCAGCUGCCGCGGCGGCCAAUGGCGGCCGGUCACGUGACGCCCCGCGCCCGCACACGCUUGUUUACAAAUAAUAAUAAUAGGCCCGCGGCCGCUGGCGCCGCGCGACGCUACGCCCGCUACGGCCGCUACGGCCGGCUACGGCGCGCUACGAGCCUCUACGCACAGCUGUCGCUGCAUUUGGCGGGAUUCGAUUCGCCUCAGCUUAUAUCUCUAGCGCCGGCUCCCGGCGUCGCUCGUCGUAUCGAUCGUCGUCUUCUCCGCGGUGUUUUUCGGUGGCGGGAGUUCUUUCUAAUCGCCGCUUCAUUUCCAUUUCGUUUCCGCUGCAUGUUUAUUUUCUAUAAUCAUAUUAUUGUCAAUGUGGGGUCGUGGUCUGAACCCCAGUGCAUAGUUCACGUUCACCUAUAUACCGCUGGUCCCCUCGCCGGCGUCCCGUGUCCCGUGGUCCAGUGUCUGCAGGCUGAUCCCCUUCACCUAGUUCCAUCCCCCUCCUCGUUAUCUCGUCGAUCACCUGUGAAGCUUCAUCAAUGA